GAUCAUAGAGGCGCAGGAGGAGAGUGGAUGCUGCGAUUUCUUCGUUGACGGGACGGCUGAGCUGCCCGAGUUGUUCUGUAAUGCAUGUUUGUCUCCUGUCAUCCCGGUAAACCCGUUACACAAGUCGGAAAGUCCGCUCUUGUGGGAGCAAGCGGCGGAGUCACCACGGCUAAAGCACCGAGGGAGAGACUAAAAACUCCUGUCAACUGCUGCCAAGGCUUUGCGGUGCCAUGAUGAAGAGAGUCAUGGAAGCAGUUCUGCUGUUGUUGCUAGUCUUCACGUCGCAUGCUAAGGGAACACGCUACAGCCCGCCAGGGAAACCCGCGCUGACCAGCUGUCGUUCUCCUGAAAAAGAGACCUUCACCUGCUGGUGGCAGCCAGGCUCUGAUGGAGGACUGCCCACUACGUACGCCCUGUACUAUCGCAAAGAAAACUCUGAUACAGUGUACGAGUGUCCCGACUACCGCACAGCAGGACAGAACUCCUGCUUCUUUAACAAGAACGACACGUCCAUUUGGGUCAACUACAACAUCACCGUGGUGGCCACCAACUCACUGGGCAGCACCUUCUCCGACCCCGUGGAUAUAGAUGUUGUCUACAUUGUCCAGCCUAAUCCUCCGGAGAAGGUGUCAGUGACUUUAAUGGAGGACAGAGGCUUGCCUUUCCUCCGGGUGUCAUGGGAACCGCCACGUAAGGCUGACACCCGUUCCGGUUGGAUCACACUCAUCUAUGAGAUCCGCAUCAGGUUGGAUGGAGAAAACGACUGGGAGAUGCACCCUGCUGGCCAGCAGAAGUUGUUUAACAUUUUCGGGCUGCGGUCAGGUGGUACUUACCUCGUUCAGGUGCGCUGUAAGCCUGAUCAUGGCUUUUGGAGUGAAUGGAGUUCCACUUCCUACAUCCGCUUUCCUGACUAUUUCCAUCGGGAAAAGUCAGUGUGGAUUCUCAUUACUGUCUUUUCUGCGUGCAUCUUCCUCAUCCUCACAUGGUUGUUACACAUUAACAGCCACAGUCUGAAGCACUGUCUGCUUCCACCAGUCCCUGGUCCUAAAAUCAAAGGAUUUGAUAAGCAGCUUCUUAAGAAUGGCAAGUCAGAGGACGUUUUCAAUGCACUGGUGGUGUCUGAUUUCCCCCCAACCCCAUCAUCCAACUAUGAGGACUUGCUGGUGGAGUACUUAGAGGUGUAUGUCCCUGAAGAACAGGAGUUGAUGCUGGAGGAAGGCAAGGAUCUUCAUGAUAGUUGCCUCAAAUCCGAGGGCUCCACAUCUGACAGUGACUCCGGCCGAGGUAGCUGCGACAGCCACACUCUGCUGAUGGAUAAGUGUGGAGAGGCAAAAGAUGAAGAGAGACGAACAGGUCAGGAAGGUGGUCGACUGAGGACAGAGACACAGAGGCACCAGAAAGACUGGGAGGAGGAGGCGCUGGCCUAUGCUCAUGAAGAUAUGGUUAGCCCUGAUAUGUCCAGUGGGAGGGUGAAGACCUGGCCUUCAGUGUUUUCUCCACUGCCCCAGUACAGCUCAAGCCCAGCGGACCAACAGAGCUCACUUGAGAUGGCCAAACACCACUGCCUCUCCGACAGUUUGUUCCCACCAGGCUCCACAUCCUCUUACCUCACCCAACCUGGCCACAGCUCCAACGAGGCUCUCGGACCUAGCUACUGGGAGUUCUGUUUGAGCACCAAGCAACCUCAUUCGCUCCAUCCCCAGAUGCAGGCCCGCCAGCAACUCCAGGCCCACAGCGACAUCAACAUCUCCAGCAUCGGACGCAAACAGGUACCUGCUGGCCAUGAGUCGCCCGCUCUCCAGUCCACUGAGUAUGUCGAAGUCCAGAGGGUCAACGAGGAUAAUAUGGUGCUCCUCCAGCCCGUUGAGUCGGGCCAAGGCCAGCACGAAGGCAGCCCGCAGGUUCUUCGGGGGGAGGACUACAGCAAGGUGAAGAGGGUGGACAGUAACAACAUGCUGCUGCUCCAGAGAAAGGUGGAUGUGAUGGAAGAAGAGGUGGACAGGUGCCCUUCUGAGGACCAGGGGACAAAUGGAGUGACGGAGAGUUGCUACACAUCAUCCACCAUCACCAAUACCCAGAAACCUACAGCCUGCAUUCACACUGCCAUGCCGGUCCAGGAAGAAAGGGUCCUGUUUGCAAGUGGUUAUGUUGACACUGCCACCAUGCCCACAUACUAGGAGCACAACUGGCAGGUCUGGGACUUUGCAAGACCUGUUCUAGGCAAAAAACACUAACACUGUGACUGUGACUCCUUCAGAAAUGGUUGCAAAGACAAUAUUUUGCUAUGAUUUAUUGUAUAAAUUAUGUGGUACUACUACUACUAUGCUGUUACUACGAUUAAUUAUAUGUCUCAUGAAUCUUUUUCUCCGUCACAGGUACGUUUCAUGUCAUGAACAUUUUUUGAUAUCGCUAAUGAAAUAUAUUAAUGUAUACUGGUGUAAUGUGAGUCUCUGUUAAAUGAUUUAUGUAAAAUCAAAACUGCAGAAAGCUCAAACAUCAAACGUUUUUAUUUUGUUUCGCUUUUUUGUAUGUGCACAUUUUCUCUGCUCUCUCUAGAACACUACAUUUAAAGCUGCUUGCUGGUUUCCACAUUUAUACACAGUAUAUACUUAUAUACAUAUAUAUAUAUAUAUUUUGUGUGUGUCAAAAAGAGAAAAACUGAGAAAGAGGGAAUAUAUUUUUUCAUUCAGAGACUAUUUUAUGUAUAUAAAUUUAUUACUGCUUUGAUCAGCUAAGUGGUAAAUUAAAAAAAAAAUUCUACAAAGAUAUUUUUUGGAUGAGAAAGUAGUGUCAUGAUGCCAUGUACAACACUAACCUUAAGUGACUCUGUCUCUAUUGUUUAACAGUGAUAAAUUGCUGUGUUUUACCUUUUUUUUUCUUUAGCAUGUAUAGCUAUCUAUGUAUAUCUUUAUAAACAGUCAACUGCCCAAAUAGAAAAUGUGGAAAAGUGGAGAGAGCACUCAAAUCUUUUUUGGAAAGCUUGCCGUAAAAAAUAUACCCAUAAUAAAUUUACAAUAUUGAGUAAUGGGAUGUUGAUUUUUAUUUUUUUUCACUGAAAUUCCAACAAGUGUAUUGAUAAUUACAUGCCACUUAUUACCUGUGUAUAUUUAUCAUAAUGGCAAAAAAAAACAUGCUGACCUGUGAUUUAUCAAUAACUUCUGACUCUAGAAACAGCCACUGUUGUUAAUACUCAUCAACAAAAAACUGAGAAAACAAAAGGCAAACUGCAAGUAAUAUGCAAGUAAAAUGCAAACUCAAACAUUUAAAUUGUUUUCUUUUGUUUACGUUUUUAAAGAAUGUAUUGUUGUAAUAAUAUGGAUAAUGUAUAGGCAAUGGAGAUCUUAAAAGAUAGGUUCACAGUUUUUCAAGUCUAUCAGU